GAUCAAAGACAUGAGAUAAGAAGACAUGUUUUCUCAGAGGGGUUUCUUCACUUCUAUCAUUAGCGUCUUUCUCUUCAUUGUCAACUCAAGUUAUGGUUCUGAGAUUAUUGAUGGGAAAGAAGUGACGCCCCACUCAUUGCCAUUCAUGGCUUUGCUACAGACGAAUACACCAGUCUGCGGAGGAAUAUUAAUUGAUCCAAAAUGGGUCCUGACUGCUGCGCACUGCAAAAAUAUUAAGACUGUGCUGCUGGGGGUGCACUCCAUCAAAGAGAUUGAAAAUGAAAAGAAAUUCAGGCAAGUCCGAAACGUAAAAACAAAGGUCAUCCAUCCCUGCUAUGAUGAGGCGGACCAUCUCAAUGAUCUCCAGUUGAUCAUGCUUGAAAAGCCAGUGAAGACAACUAAAUGGGUCAGUCCUCUCAAGCUGAAUAAAGCUGCCAAAGAUCCAGUAGCUGGUACCGUUUGCAUGGUGUCUGGAUGGGGAAAAACAAACAAUGCAAGAAACAAAAUGUCCAAUGUCCUUAAGUCUGCCAAUGUGACCGUUAUCGACAGAAUGAAGUGCAAUUCUCCAAAUUAUUACAACCUUCAACCAUAUAUUACCAGGAACAUGAUAUGUGCCGGAUCAGACGGUCAAAACAACGCUGACACCUGUGAGGGGGACUCUGGAGGACCAAUACUGUGCAAAGGAAAUCUAGUUGGAGUCACGUCUUUUGGGAAGUUAUGCGGAAAAAAAGAAAAACCUGGAGUUUACGCUUUUCUUUCAGACAGUGUUCUUAAUUGGAUCAAGAAAACAAUGAAGACACCUCAAGCUGAAUAGCACUGCUGUUUAAAUUAAUGUUAAUCGCUUUUAACUCCUUUUCCUGAGUCCUGUGUUUAUCCAUCUUUGCUUCUGCUAUUAAGUUAAUUUCCUAAAGACGAGUGGUAAAUAAAAAAAAGAAAAUAAGUUACAGCCUUUAUUUUUGUACAGUUAGUAGAUCUUUAAGGAAGUGCAGCUUCUUAUUGGCAUUAACAGAAAUGGCAGGAAUGUAAUAAAAUUUGCCCUUCUCUCCCUGUUCUUACAUACUCUAUAUAACAAUGAUGAUAUUGUAUUUGUCUUACCCUGUAGUAAAGAUGUUGGUAAAAUUAUUUUGUG